GCCGGGGGCCAGCAGCCCCGCCGACACGGCCACUGCGCACCCGCGCCUGCCCGCCCGCGGCCCCCCGGCACCUCCGGCCAGGAUGGCUUCUUGGAUCUAGCCAGGGGAGCCAGAGCAGUGCUGGAGAUGACCAAGUGAUGGUGGGACCAGGAUAGAGGAGCUGCCAUGAGGAUGUCUAAAGCCAAGACCCUGAGCUCCUCCUGCCUCAUGCUUUCCUUACUCUCCUUGCACUGGGCUUUGCUCCAGUUGGGCCAGGCUUUUCCCAGCACCUCCGACUACCUCCAGCGGGGCUGGCAGCGGCUGCUGGAGGAAGGGGAAGGCUGCACUGAGUGCCAGCCAGAGGAGUGCCCGGUGCCACGUGGAUGCCUGGCUGGCACAGUGCGGGAUGCCUGUGACUGCUGCUGGGAAUGUGCCAACCUGGAGGGACAGAUCUGUGAUCUGGACAACACCAACCACUUCUAUGGCAAGUGUGGGGAGCACCUGGAGUGCCGGCUGGACACCGGGGACCUGCAGCGUGGAGAGGUGCCCGAGCCUCAGUGUGCCUGCCUCUCCCACCUGGCCCUCUGCGGCUCUGAUGGCAAAACCUACGCCCAGAUCUGCAGGUUCCUGGAGGUUGCCCGUGCCCACCCUGAUGCCAACCUCACUGUGGCCCAUGAGGGGCCCUGCGAGUCAGAGCCUCAGAUCACUUCUCCUCCCUACGACACAUGGAACGUCACCGGGCAGGACGUCAUCUUUGGCUGUGAGGUCUUUGCCUACCCCAUGGCAUCCAUUGAGUGGAGGAAGGAUGGCAUGGAGAUGCUGCUACCUGGAGAUGACCCCCACAUCUCUGUUCAGUUCAGAGGUGGCCCCCAGAAAUAUGAAGUGACAGGCUGGCUCCAGAUCCAGGGCGUGCGGGUGACGGAUGAAGGCACCUACCGCUGCUUCGCCAGGAACAGGGUCGGGGAGGUGAUGGCAUUAGCCAGCCUAACUGUCUUAACACCAGACCAGCUCAACCUAACAGGCUUUUCCCUGCCGAAGCCCCACACGACGCCUGAGGACUAUGGGGAGAGCGAGGAGGACUAUUACUAGCCCAGAGACAGGAUGUCCAGCUGCGGAGAUCACCUUGCCCACAGUGGCCAUUCCUGGGGCCUGGGGACAUCUCCGGAGCAAGCAUUCCCCAGCCCAAAAUUCCUUCUCUGAACAGUCCUGGCACAGCAGCCUCUUUUUUGGGGUGGGAGAUUGGGUGACACAUCCCUUUGCUGGGGGUGCUUGGGGAGGUGACACUGGCUGGUUGAUGGCGCAGGGCUGGGACUGAGGGUGGCUCUGCCUGAUAACAUGAUGGGUCUGUCCUCUGGUACUGAGUGGGGAUGUGGUGGCAGAUGAGACACUGCAGAAACAUCCACUCCGUGUGUGAUGGGGACUUGGUGCUGGGAUUGGAGGCAGCCUCCCCUUCCUCCAGGGGAGGGAGGCCAGGGCAAUAGCAUCUCAGCCCUGUGCAAAGAGUUUUCCAGGGAAGCUGGAGCCGAGAGCCGGGACCUGGCUGCGACACUCCGUGUAUCAUCUCCAGGGCAACCUAUGUCUCCCAAGGCAGGGAGCCAAGCUUCUCCCCAGGACCUGGGGAACUUGCUGCCGAAAUAUCCUUCUUUCCCUGUUUGU